AUGUCGAUGAGCCCUAAGCAUACGACUCCUUUUUCUGUUUCCGAUAUCUUGAGUCCCCUUGAGGAGAGCUAUAAGAAAGUAAGUAUGGAGAAUAACAACUUGGGGGCACCUCUCGCUUCCUACCGGCAGCCGCAGGUCUCCCAGGCGGCGAUGCAGCAGCACCACAUGGGCCACAACGGGACUGUGUCAGCGGCUUACCAUAUGACUGCGGCAGGUGUGUCCCAGCUGUCACACACUGCCAUGGGGGGGUACUGUAACGGCAACCUGGGUAACAUGGGGGAGCUCCCGGCGUACCAGGAUGGGAUGAGGGGCAGCGCAGCGGCCACCGGCUGGUACGGAGCCAACCCCGACCCGCGCUUCUCCACCAUUUCUCGCUUCAUGGGCUCCUCGUCAGGCAUGAACAUGGGCAGCAUGGGUAGCCUCGGUUCCCUGGCGGAUGUGGGCAAAGGCAUGGGCUCCCUGUCCAGCACCCCGAGGAGAAAAAGACGGGUGCUUUUCUCACAGGCGCAGGUUUACGAGCUGGAGCGCCGCUUCAAGCAGCAGAAAUACCUGUCGGCGCCCGAGAGGGAGCACCUAGCGAGCAUGAUUCACCUGACCCCGACCCAGGUGAAGAUCUGGUUCCAGAACCACCGCUACAAGAUGAAGAGGCAGGCCAAAGACAAAGUGUCGCAGCAGCAGAUGCAGCAGGAGAGCGGCUCAUGCCAGCAGCAGCAACAGCAGCAGCAAUCUCCUCGGAGGGUGGCCGUGCCUGUGUUGGUAAAGGACGGCAAGCCGUGUCAAGGCAGCGGUCACACACCCACGUCCUCCACGCAGACACAUCACCAGCAGGGAGGCAAUGUUAUGAUCAUGUCCAACAACGCAUCCGGGCUCAGCCAGCAUCAGAGCCAGCAGGUGGGAAGCACGGGUCACUCCCCAGAUUUGGGGCAACACUCCUCCAGCCCGCCGUCUCUGCAGAGCCAGGUGGCCGGCCUCUCCCACCUUAACUCCCCCGGAGCGGAGUACGGCUCGGCCUUACAGUGCUCGGCCCUGUUGUAUGGCAGGACGUGGUGACAAGAAGCACCGGCUAUGAUUAAAAAAAAUAAAUAUCCCCUCUAAAGUAAAAUAAGACAUGUUUCAGCACACAUGCACGAAUUUGAACAAAAAAGAAAAACCCCGAGAGAAACCGAUGAAGCUUUUUAUUCUAAGGAAACUCAAAUGGAAGAAACUUUUUUGUCCCUCAUAAACUGGAUGUGAACGUCCUGGGAUUUAUUUAUGUAAAUUAUAUAAAGAGACAAAAGAAGAUUGUUUCCGUAGACUAAUAGCCAGGGGACACCUGUCUCUGAGCAGGACGCAUAAGCACGUCUGGACUGCAGAGAAACACAUGCAAUCUGCUUCUUUCUAAUAGAAUUUAAUGUACGCCGUAGUUCUAGCUUGUAUAUUUCUGUAAAAUGUUUGAAUCAUAGCUCUUUGUUGUACAAACCUUUUGAUGCUAUUGCUAGUUUGUUGUGGUUUCAUUGGUAUUUGUACGUUUUAUUUCUUUGUAACUUAUAUAGAUAUUUGACCUACAAAACCGUCUUAAUAAUAAAUUAUGGAAACGAGACAGCUAAACUGUUCUCUUGUGAAAUAUGUUCGCACCUGCGCUGUGGCAUUAUGUGGAAAAAAAUAUUGAAGAAAACAUUAGAUUAUUAUUAUUUUAUG